AAAUGGGGAGGCCAUGUACGAAAGAAGAGACAGUCCUUUUGAUCUCUAAGCACAACAAAGGUCAAGAGGAGGAGGAAGAAGAUGAAGUGUAUGAUUUACCGGUGAAUUCAUCUAAUGAAAAAGUUCAGUUUCGGAAACAAUCAAAGGCAGAGGAGGAGGAGGAGGAGUUCGAAUUCGAAACCGGGUCAUCGUUUCGUCUCGGGUCGGAUUCUUGUGAACCGGCUCCGGAGAUGAGUACGGCGGAGGACUUAUUCUUCCAAGGUAAAAUUCUGCCGUUUCGUCCCGGUUCGAACCGGUUAAUCUACAGAUCCGAAUCUGUCGAUUUCUACAGAACCGGAAUCAAUUCUAGCGGGAAAUUCAAAAAUAAUUACAUCGAUUACACUCAACCGAGUCCACAGACACAUAUCAUCAGACGAUCAUCAAGCAUGACGGCGAGAGUGAAUCAUCCAAUCAGGAACUCAAAAUCAUCUUCGAUUUGGGAUUUUCUCCGGUUAGGACUCGUCCGUACGCCGGAGAUCGAACUUCGAACGGCGAAAUCAUCAGUGAGUCGAAACAGUAGCUGCAGUAGCACAAGCACGAGCCCGAAUUCGAAUUCGAAGAGAACAGAAUCGAAAUCGAGGAAUCGGAGAAGGAGUUGUAAGUCCUCGAUGGGGACGGAGACGAUCGUACCUGUCUGCCGUGAGAAGGAGAAGAAGAAGAAGAAGACGGCGGUUGCGAGGAAGAGAACGUUUGAGUGGUUAAAGGAGUUAUCACAGAGUCACAGGUUUAGGGUUUUUCGUUGAUCAUUGAAGCUUGAUGAUCAAUCAAAUUCAUUUCCUUUUGUUUUUUUUUUCUCUUAAAUAUUUUUUUUUUU